AGAUGUAUUUGAAAUUAAGUAAAAAAUGACGAUUAUUAAUUUUUUUUUAACUACUUAAUAAUAUUACUUAAAAUACGAAUUAUUGUUUUAAAUAAUUAGACGUGGAUUAGGAACAUAAAAUGGUACGACCAUUUGAACUGAGUGGGUCUGUAGUUAACACUGCUGACAGAUCGAUUUGCGCGGAAAAUAAAGCAACAUUCUAACGUGUGUUUACCUAAAAAGUGUUUAUUAUUUUUAUUUUUUAUAUUAUUUACCUAAUUCGAAUAUGUCAUUAAACGAGUGGACUGUGUAAUGGGCGAGCGACUUGCAAUGAAGAAAAUACCAUCGCCGAGCCAACGCUCGAAUUAUUCCAUGAGGCAUCUGCCUCACGACCGUCACUGACAAAACCAUGUUCAUUCGUUUAGCAUGUUGCCGUCUAUUGAGACACCGAAAGUUGAUCUACAUUUCUAUAUUCAUUUCAUUUCUGCUGUCCUUUGUUUAUGUAGUUGUUCUGCCACACGUCUUUACGCUUCUCCAGAAACCUCCUAAAAUUCAAGAAGUCCGUCAGUAUGUUAUUCCCGAAGACAGUCCAAUUGUUCCGACAAACUCUCGAUGCACAUUCUACGAUUGUUUCAAUAUAUAUAGGUGUGGCCAUAAGUUUAAUGGUGAUUUUAAAGUUUAUGUUUAUCCGAUGGCCAGACAUGUUGACAAGGAUUUCAUUCCCAUCGGGGGUAAAAUUUCCAAAGAAUAUCAUACUAUAUUGAGUGCAAUAGUAGAGAGCCAGUACCAUACAACAAAUCCAGAAGAAGCAUGUGUUUUUGUGUCAUCAAUUGAUACAUUAAAUCAAAACCGGUUUCGAGUGAAAGAAACAUCACAGGCUCUUGCAUUAUUACCACAUUGGAAUGAUGGACAGAACCAUUUAAUAUUUAAUAUGGUGCCUGGAACAGCACCAGACUAUAAAACUGUUGUUGAUUUAUCCAUUGGUAAAUCCAUGGUUGCUGGUGCAGGUUUUGAUUCUUGGACAUAUAGAUCAUCUUUUGAUAUUUCAAUAGCAAUUUAUAGCAAUUUAGCAGUUUCUUUAAGUAAUAACUAUACCUUUAAAUACAGGACAACAUUUAUUAGCACAGUUCAAACAAAUCUUCACAAUGAUUUCAUUACUUCUUUGAAAUCAAUUGAAAAACAAAAAUCAAUGACACAGAAUAUAACAACUUCAACUAUUAGAGUUAUAGAACCUUGCUCACAUAGUGGACACGAUAGAACAAUAAUUUGCCACGAAAACAUUACUUAUAACUAUGCAGACAUACUUGCUGACAGUGUAUUUUGCUUGAUAUUGCCUGGUCCACGGCUAAUGGAUAUGGUUUUUAUUGAUGCAUUGGCUGCUGGAUGCAUACCAAUAGUAGCUAUUAAUCAUGUUGUAUUACCUUUUUUUGAAGUUAUAGACUGGAAAAGAGCCGUAAUUAUGUGGAGUGAAACUGAAUUAAAUACUUUACUAGAUGUAGUUUCUGGUAUUCCUUUGGACCGACGGAAAGAAAUGUCAGCUCAAGGCCGUUGGCUAUAUCAGACAUAUUUAUCAUCAUUGAAAAAAAUUACCAUGACUACUCUUAAGAUAUUAAGCCAAAGACUGCAUCCACAUAGCUCGAAUUUUUAUGAAAAUUGGAAUUUAAGACCACAUCCCGUAUCUGCCAGAAAUCCAUUAUUCCUACCAUAUAUGUCAGAUUCUUCAGGAUUCACAGCUAUUAUAUUAUCCUAUGAUAGAAUAGAUAGUUUGUUUACACUAAUAAAUAUGAUCAGUAAGGCGCCAAGUCUGCAAAAGAUUAUUGUUGUUUGGAAUAAUCAGUUAAAAUCUCCACCGCAUUUGUGGCCAAAAAUUGAUGUAUCUCUAAAGGUUGUACAAACAACAGCAAACAAACUAUCAAAUCGAUUUUUCCCCUAUAGAGAAAUUGAAACAGAAGCAGUUUUAUCUCUGGACGAUGAUAUACUUAUGUUGACCUUAGAUGAAAUUGAAUUUGGAUUUCAGGUUUGGAAAGAAUUUCCUGAUCAUAUAGUAGGUUUCCCAUCUAGAACUCAUGUAUGGAAUAACAAAACUAAUACUUGGAAAUAUGAAUCGGAAUGGAAAAAUGAAAUAUCUAUGGUAUUGACCGGGGCAGCAUUUUACCAUAAAUAUUGGAAUCAAGCUUAUACAUAUAUCAUGCCUAAUAAUAUCAAACAAUGGGUAGAUGAUCAUAUGAACUGUGAAGACAUUGCGAUGAACUUUUUAGUGUCCAAUACUACCAACAAAGCUCCAAUUAAAGUAACUCCUAAAAAGAAGUUCAAGUGUCCGCAAUGUACAAAUACUGAAAUGUUAUCAGCUGACCAAGGACACAUGGCUACAAGAACAUCAUGUGUGAACAUGUUUACUGCUAUUUAUGGUAGAAUGCCGUUAAAGACUGUCGAGUAUAGAGUUGAUCCUGUUUUGUACAGAGAUGUAUUUCCAACAAAAUUGAAGAGGUAUAACAAUGUUGGAGAAUUGUGAUCAUAUUGUGCUAUAUUCACUUUUGAGACUUGUGAUCAAAACCUGUGACAUUCAUUAUUUUAAGUUUUUUAUUUUUUCUUUAUUUUUCUCCAUUGUCAUUUUAAAGUCAAUCUGUAAUCAUAUUAAAUAUUUAUUAUUAUAUAUUUUAUUAAUAAAUUCAAUUGAUCAGCAUUAGGUAUUAUUUUUAAUGAGUAAUUGAAUUUAUUUGAAUUAUGUAUAAUACUAUUGUGUUUAAUUUAAAUGAGCUUAGCAUUUAUAGACUUAUGUUAGUUACCAUAAAGAUUUAUUUUACUCAUAUUGAAACAUUUUUUUUAUUUAAAAGAAAUGUGUAGCCUUGGGUUGCGUCAUUGAAAUAAUUCACCCGUUACUUUUUUGAAUGAUUUUGGUGUGCAUAUUUCUUUCUUUUAUAAUACCUUUGUAAAUCCUGCCUCAAUUAUUCAGCCAUCACUAGAUUGUUUUCCUAUUUUAUACAUGUUAUUUAGAUAAUUAAUUGUUUUUAAUUUGUUUUUGAAAAACUUUGUUAUUUUUAAUAUGCAUAAACAUUCAAUUAUGUAUAAAUUGAUUAAGAACAACUCAUGUAAUAAAUAAUUUAAAACAAUAAUUAUAAAAUUGCCAUUCCAUGUAAACUAUCACGAACUUGAAAAAGUGUACUUGUACCAGUUUCAAAAUAUUUAUAAUUACUAAUUAGGAUAUUAUUGUUUUAAUUUUUUUUUAUUUAUGUUUAAGAUUAUAAUUGUUGAAUAAUUUGUAAACAAGACUAAAGAUUGGCCAUAAAUAAUACGUUAAAAUAUAUUUUAGCAAACGAUGUAAGUUAAUAGUAUAAUACAGAA